CGUGAUCAAAACACAAACAUGGCGGCCUCUGCUGCGGUUCGCUCCAGCAUGGGGCUGACUUUGAGACUUUCAGGAGUUCGACCAGACUAUAUUACACGUCCUCUGUCCAGGCUAAAGACCCACAUGGCUUAUUUGCAAAGGAAAUACUCGGCGGGCAGUUUCCGAACCGCCAAUCGAUACUUACAGACGAGUAUAUGUUUGUACCACAACGAGGAGACCAGCGCCGAUGAAGACAUCUCAGAAGAUGUGGUAAAUGUGGUGUACAUAGACCGGUCGGGCCAGAGGAUCCCAGUUAAAGCCAAAGUGGGAGACAAUGUUAUGUACUUGGCUCAAAAGUUUGGAAUUGAGCUAGAAGGUGCAUGUGAGGCAUCCCUGGCCUGUUCGACAUGCCAUGUGUAUGUAAACACUGACCAUUUGGACACACUACCCGAACCCCUCGAGAGGGAGGAUGACAUGCUGGACAUGGCGCCCAUGCUCCAGGAGAACUCCCGGCUGGGAUGUCAGAUCAUUCUCACUACGGAGCAGGAGGGCAUGGAGAUAACUUUACCCAAAGUCACUAGGAACUUCUACGUGGACGGCCAUGUCCCCAAACCUCACUGAGAGGACGCUGUACAGGCGGGAUGGCUACGAACGAGACGCCGUGCACAAGGGAGAAAAAGCAGGGCUUGUGGGAAGUCCGUGGUAACUCGCCCUGAAGAAAUUGACUGACACAUUAACAGAGGUGGGGCAGUAAGACUCUCCCAGAACGGAACCAAACCAUUGGUGAUGUCUAAAACCUGCGUAUUUAUUUAUGUGGAAACUAUUCAGGCAAAUACAGUGGCACAAAGUGUUCUUUGCUAAACAAUAAAAAAAAAACACUUAAACAGUCAAGGUUUGAGACAUUUUAGACAAAGUACAUUUUGUUUACAAGGGAGUACGAGGACCACACUGAACAGGGAAAUAAAAUAUUAAAAAACAGGGGGAAAAAAGUGGUAAAGUUAUAAGAGAAUGAAGCAAUAUUGGAGAGAUUCAAGCCAAAAUAUAGUAGAGCCCAAAUCUUUGCGCAUGUUAUGUUCCAAGACCCCAAAUAUGAAUUAUCAACGCACCCACAAAAAGUCAUAAAAAUAUAUCUUAUACUUCUAAACCAUGGCUAUCCAACUGGCGCAGUUCAAUUACAAACUUAGGAGACAAACAUUUUUGCAGCAAAUUUCUAAAAACACUCGAGUACUCAUGUCACAUUGAGGAACUUAGACCACGGUAACCACAGUGUUACUUACAUUGACAUUUUAACCUUGACAUAACUGAGGUGUUCCUCAAGGCACCCCUUUAGGUCCUCUCCAAUUUGGCAUUUUUUCCGUAACUAAGGUGUUGCUAUAGCUCGUUUACGUCAAAUGCAGUCAGUAGUCAUUUAUUAACCUUCUUCAGUUAUACUUGUGGUGUUCCUCAAGGUUCCACUUUAGGUCCUCUCUUUUUCAUCAUUUGGGCUAUUCAGCUGGUGGCACACGAGUUCAAUUAAAAAAAACUUGUGGGAGACUCACAUUUUUGCAGCAGAUUCUUAAAAACACUGGAGUGCUGUCAUAGCGAUGAUCUUUGACUAGCUUUUUUGCAGAAGGUCCUUACAAACAGCAAAGCGCUCCUGUAACUCACAAAACAAAUACGCCAAAAUCAGAUGUCCACUGGUUCUCCGGAAAAUACAAAAUAGGACUAAUUAUUAGUCCUAUUUUGUAUAUUCCGGAGAAUAUACAAAGUCCUCAGCUUUCUGGAAAUGUGGCCCCCAUAACAUUUCAUCAGAUUACCAGGGAAAUUCACUAUCCUGGUUUUAAACUCUAAAAUAUGCCUCUCACAAGUAUUCAACACAUUUUGAAUUCAGUUUUACACAUUAAGAAACAGUUACAUGUAUUGUAGUGUACUGUACUGAUCUAUCUACCGUAUUAUGAGACAAAGUUAUUUAAAUUUCAGAGAGAUAAUUUUAAAAUGUUUAGACAUUUAGAUUUUGAUGAAAGUGAUGGAUCUUUACAACUUUACAAAGUGUAUUAUGUACUUGAUUCAUCAUGAUGUUAUUUUCUCAUACACAUAAAACAAUGUCCAAAAAGUUAAGAUCACUUGUUAUAAUCAUGAAAUUAUUUUUAAGUAUCAAAACUGUUUUGCUUCUCAAACUUAUACUACCGGUAGUUUUGCGAUAAUAUGGCCAUAUAGUCUUGGAAAAUUACCACUUUUUUCUUUAUUAUUACACAAUUUUUGGGGGGGACAAUGACACAUAUUUUUUGUAAUAUUACAACUUCAUUCUAAUUGUAAUUCUAUCACUUUUCAAAAUUUUCAGCGUGACCCUGUAAUAAUCCUUUGUGUGCCGGGUGGAACAUUCCAGGUUACAGCUGACAAACGCACAACUACCGCCACAGCUAGCUCUUUGUCAUUUCACUUUGAUUACCUUUAUCAUGGCUAUUUACGCACACAUAUUAUGUAAUAUUAUGCCAUAUUGUGUAUUUGAAGGGUUUGUGGCUGGAUCUUUAAUGGAGUCCAACUUCCGACUCGCUAUGAACAUUUCAAAACUUCCUACUACUGAAGGUUUAACAUCAAAGCAGUUUUCUGGAUUCGCCGCUAAUGAAGGUUUUGUUAUUAUAAUCUGGUUCCAACCAGCUUUAUGUUAGCAUUGCUGCAUCGAACCCAUCGAUUUGUUAAUUCUACUGUACUUGUUCAACUUGUGCACACCUGUAAGUCACUUAUAUAUGUCAUAUUGUGUCCUUAAAAUCAUAAGUAUUUAAAAUUGUGCAGUAAAGUACAUUUUAAAGCUGA